UUUAGAUUAUUUUAUUAAAAAGUUUAGCUUCAAGAUCACGCUUGUGAGUAAAAAAACAAAAACAAAAGAUGUUGCAGUUGGGUUGUGCUGUGUUGUGUAGCGGUUGUGCUUGUGUGCAUUAUCAUCGUGACACGAGUAACUUUAUUGGGAUAGAGUGAGGUUUUUUGAGAUUUGAGAAUUGAGAAUUGAGAUAGAGUGAGAAGGAGUGGUUAAUGUGGAAGAAAAAAAAAUGGUGGAAGUGAGAGGGAGGAACUCGUGGACGGAGGAGCUGGCGAGUUUGAUUGAGGAUUCAGGGGUGCAUUACGCCGGAGAUCCACCGGACAUGGACGUGUCUUCGACGGCGUCGUUUCAUGUGAGGAGUGAGUCGGUGGUGGAAUCAAGGGAGAGCUUGAAGGAACAAGUUUUGGGGUUUGUGAUGGCUUGGUUUGAGAUACUCUUGGAGUUGGUUCGAGGUUGUAGGGACAUUCUGCAACAGAACUUCAUCAACCACGAAUCCUAUGUAGUUAAGAAGCUUCGUGGACCUUGUGCUAAGGUUUCUAAGAGGUUGAGGUUUCUCAAUGAUUUUCUCCCCGAGGAUCGUGACCCUCUUCAUGCUUGGUCUGUUGUGUUCUUCGUUUUCAUUCUUGCCCUCGCAGCUAUAAGUGUAGAUCCCAAUCGUGAAUCUGUAGCCCCAGUGGUGAAGGUGCGCAAGCAUCCUCUUAGUGCUAGUCGCAUACUACUUCCUGAUGGUAGAUACAUGGCUUACCAUGAGCAAGGUGUUUCAGCUGACAGAGCUAGAUUUUCACUUGUUGCUCCACAUUCUUUUCUUUCAUCCAGGCUAGCAGGUUUACCUGGAGUUAAAGCAUCAUUGCUUGAGGAGUAUGGUGUUCGCUUGGUUACAUAUGAUCUGCCUGGUUUUGGGGAGAGUGAUCCUCAUCCUAACAGAAGUCUCAACUCAUCAGCUAUGGAUAUGCUUCAUCUAGUCAAUGCUAUAAAUGUUAGUGAUAAGUUCUGGUUGCUGUGCCAUUCUAGUGGAUGCAUUCAUGCUUGGGCUUCUCUCAGAUAUAUUCCUGAGAGAAUUGCAGGUGCAGCUAUGUUGGCUCCUAUGAUUAAUCCAUAUGAGCCACACUUAACUAAGGAUGAGAUGAAAAGAACUUGGGAGAUGUGGUUGCCAAGGAGGAAACUAAUGUAUUCCUUGGCUCGUAGAUUUCCAAAACUUCUCUCUUUUUUCUACCGGAAAAGCUUCUUGUCUGAAAAGCAUGAUGAGAUUAAUAAGCAGUUAUCUUUUUCACUAGGAAAGAAGGAUAAACUUCUGAUUGAAGAACCAAAGUUUGAGGAAUUUUGGCAGAGGGAUGUGGAAGAGUCAGUUCGUCAGGAAAACAUACAGCCAUUUGUAGAGGAAGCUGUUCUGCAGGUAUCAAAUUGGGGUUUUAAGCUCAAAGAACUUCAUGUGCAGAAGAAGUGUCAAACAAGAGGCAUACUUCUUUGGUUGAAAUCCAUGUACGGUCAGGUGGAAUGUGAACUAGCAGGAUUUCUUGGUCUAACACACUUGUGGCAGGGAUUGGACGAUAGGGUGGUUCCACCAUCAAUGAUGGAAUAUAUAGAACGAGUUUUACCAGAAGCAGUCAUCCAUAAGCUUCCAAAUGAGGGCCACUUCUCCUAUUUCUUUUUCUGUGAUGAGUGCCAUAGGCAAGUGUUCACCACUCUCUUUGGAACCCCUCAAGGCCCGGUUGAACGACAAGAGGAAACUGCAUUCGAGGAAGAUAAGGAAGAGGUUUUACAAAUAUCUGUUUGACUGUUUCUAAUGUGAAAUGACACAUAACCGCUGAUAUACAACAUAGGUUGGAUGUAGAUACCACAGGCGGUUCCACUGCUCGGUGGAGCUUGAAAGAAGAGAGGUGCUCAUUAUAAUUCUCAAAAUUUUGAAUUGCUCAAGAGCUUUUGGAGAUAUAAGUAAAAGCAAGAAUGUCACAUUGUUUUUCGUACUCCCCCUCUCUCCAUAAGCAAAUUGUAUGUUAAAACCUUGUCUAAUUGGUUCUAGUUCCACUUUAAUUUCCUCAUUUUCUUGUACUCAGUUUCUCUCCCUUUUAAUUUUGAACCUUCUUACUCUUCAACU